UGUAGUGCGCGUGCGUGCCAGCAGUAUAAAUAAUAUCUGUCUAUAAUUUUUUUCGUUGCUUACCUUUGCCGUAGAGAGUGGAACACGUGCAGUGUUCUAGCUAAAUAUAAAACAAGAUAUUUUAUCGAAUUGCUGAUAAAACGACGUUGUAAAAACCCAGAAUCUCAACCUCACGAUCUAGUGCAAAAAAAAACUAGUUACGUUUAUUUCGCAAGUGCAAGCCAAUUACAAAUUUAUAAAAUUAAAAGCGCAAAAAUAAAAGCAAACUGUGCAGCAAAAAUCUGCAAGGGCUAAGUCUAAGUGCAAAAGUUGUUAUUGUUGUUGAUCUUGUUUUGAGCUCUCUGCACACACAAAGACAAAGAGAGAGAGAGAGAGAGCUUUAAGGGCACUUGACAGCUGGUGCUGCAGUUGACAGUAGCUGACAACAUUCCAUCAAAUUUCUAGCUAAAAAGAGUCAAGCUUGCAGCUGACUACACACACAGAGGGAGAGAGAGAGGGAGAGAAAGAUAUCAAUUAUGACAGCUGAAACACUUAAACCGUUUAUAACACCAACGAGUGCCGUUAAUAAUUUUCCGGCCAAGCAAUCGUCCGUAACGCACUCGACAAGGAAGUCCAGACAGCUUAUACCAAUUGUCUUGAGCAUUGUCGCACUCGUGCUCGUCGCACUCAUCUUCAGUUUAACGAUCUGGCAAAAAAUACGCGUGCGACAGCUGGAUAAUGAUCUGGGCGCUUUGAGGCGCGAAGUGGAUAGUUUACGGAAAAGACUGGGCAUCAAUUAUCUGGACGAGUUCGAUGAAUUCCAAAAUGUGUAUACGGACAUGCUUACCCAUGAUCCCAGCAAACUGGACGAACUCGAGGGCGAUGAAGAUGACGAAGACAAUGAGGACGAGGAUGUUGGGGUGGAGGAUGAUGAGGAUGAUGCCGACAGUUGGAACGUCGAUGUUGACGGUGAUGAAGACGACUUGGGCAAUGAGCGUACCGACUACGAUGAGUAUUUGGAUCUGAUUAACCAGGAGAAGGGAGUCACACAACCUGUGACACAGGACAACAGCAGCGAUAAGUCGGAAACAGCAGCAUCCACGUCCACGUCCAGCUCCAGCUCGUCGGGAUCUAAUGAUGAUAAUGUCUUUGAAGAUUUCAUUAGCUAUAAUGAUUCCAAAAAGAAACGCGAACGAAAAACUCGCUCCAUUGCUGAUUUACGCAAUGAGCUGCCGAGCAACGAACUAGAUCAGAUUGCGAAGAACCAAACCAGAAGUGUUGAACAGACAAAGGAGAGCACCGUUACUCCCAACAGCAACACUAAGCAGCAUUCGCUCAAACAGCGUCCACGCACACGUCAGAGCCGCCAACGACUUUUAGUACGCAAAGGCGAAUCUCCUGUUUCAGCGAAAUUCGCAGAUUUCCCUGCAGCAAGCAGAGCAGCUGCACAUUUCCAUUUGAAUCGCAAAGUGCCGCAACACGAGUCGUCCAUUCAGCUACAAUCUUAUCAGGGUGAUAUGUAUAUGGGGCACGCCACGGCCAGCAGCGACAAUCAAUGGCAGCAGCACUUCAGUGUUCAGAAUGGCAUACUGACAGUCCAUCAGACGGGCCUCUAUUACGUAUAUGCCCAGAUCUGUUAUAAUAAUACGCACGAUCAAAAUGGUUUCAUUAUCUUUCAUAAUAAUAACGCAUUUCUUCAAUGCCUCAACACGGUGCCGACGAAUAUGCCAAAGGUGCACACCUGCCACACAGGCGGCCUCAUUCACUUGCAGCAGCACGAAUCAAUCCAUCUGCGCGACAUCCAUCGGGAUCGCAAUGUGAUGCUGCGGGAUAGCAACAAUCGCAGCUUCUUCGGCAUCAUUAAGCUCUAAGCUAAUAUUUCCAGCAAAGAAUUUAAGCUUUAGUAGUUGCGACUACUCAUUUAUACGAUUAUGAAUAUACAGCAAAGUAGAUGACUAGCCUAGACUUAGCUAUAGUUAC